CGUUGCAGUUCGUAAUAUCGAUAGUGAUGGAAAUUGAUAUUUGAAAAUUGUGAAGAGUUUGGCGUCUGUUUCCAGAUACCAAUUUCAGACAAAUCUCUUACUGAGUGCUGGAACAUGAUGAAAAUCAGUGUAAAAGUUCCGGAUAGCAGUACCCUGCUACCGGUGGAGGUUGCUCCAGAUGCAACUCUUCAAUCCCUUAAACAAGCUAUUUCUGAAACCAGUGGCAUACCAGCUGCUAAUCAGAGGAUAAUUUUCAGGGGUGUCGCAAUAUUUGAUGACUUUCCACUUUCUGUGUAUGGAAUAAAGGAUGAAGCAAAAGUAGCUGUUGUGAAGGCGAGGGAGGGUGAGGCAGACUGCACUGUCCUAAAGGAUGCAAUGUACAGAUAUUUGCGGCAGUAUUAUAAUGAAAGUGACUCUUCUAAAAUUACUAGAGAAUUCAUGAUAUAUUUCUACAAAUCUAUUUUAAAUCUCAGUUUAGAUGAUUUAGAAAAGCUUUGUGCCUCAUUUCUUCGAGAUGAAGCAAAAUUGGGCAGCUGAAUAAUUUUAGUCUUUAAUUUGGUAUAUAUUUACUUUAUACAGAAUAUGUACUUUCAUGUUUCUUCAGAUUUUGAGAGCUGAUUUGUGUAAAUUGGCAAUUGAAUAAAGUCUCUUAUGUAAA